CUUGUUGGCCGAGAUAAUCGUCAAAAAUGAUAAACAAACUUUGAUUGUGAUUAUAUUGGUUAGCAACAAUUAGCUGCAGCAUGGCGGUGUACGCGGCGCACUUGACGAGGACCCUGCAGGGCACGCCGACAGUGUUCCAAGUCACCGCGCAGGAAGCCCUCGGGGCCACCGUCAAACCGGCGCUACGGAAAGUUGCUGAGUACCUAGCAGCAGUAUACCCCAACAAGUGUGGGUGGUGUGUGCGCUGGUAUGACGAGGUGUUCCUGCUGUUUGACUCCUGUCUGCAGUACUACUACCUCAAACAUUAUGCUGCAUCAUUCUCGGAAAGUUUCUAUGACCUGAUCCGAGUGCCGACAUCUUCAUCGAAUGAGUUCAGCAGUGGACAGCAGCUGCCGGUGUACCUGGAGCGAGCCUCGCUGGCGCUGCUGGUGCUGCUGCCCUAUCUGAAGGACAAGCUUGAGGCUGUGGUGGAACGCUGGAGAGAGGACGAUGAGGAUGGACGGUUGGGGAAGUCUACACAAGACCGUCUCCGCCGCGCCGCGACCCGCGUGUACAUGGUAGCACAGUCGGCGUGGUACUGUACACGACUGGUACAGCUGGCGCGGUACACGCGCGGGCGCAGCGCGGCGCACUCGCCGGCGCUGUGGGCGCUGGGCGUGGCGCUGCGCCCCGCGCCGCCGAGGCAGCCCUCCGAGCAUACCUGGGGGGAUCUGGUCACCAGUGUCGCUACUGGAGAUAUUGGUUCGGCAGCAGAGUGCCUCCCCCUGCUGGGCGGCGCGAUGCUGCGGGCGGUGGAGUACGGCGCGUUCGGCGUGCAGUUCCUGCGCUGGUGGGAGGCCGCCGCCGCGCCGCAGCAGGCCUUACCCGUGCCGCCGCCGCCUAAGCGCGACGAGCGUUCAGCACGGUUCCGUAACAAAUGUCCCGUAUGCCUGCAGACGUGGAAGAUACCCACCGUGCUGCCUGUGUCCGGCUACAUAUUCUGCUACUCGUGUAUAUCGAAGCACCUGCGCAGUCACUCCGCCUGCCCACUCACUCGCCUGCCCGCCGCAGAGACAGACCUCGUGAGGCUAUACCUCGACUAGUCACCACUAUACUAGGAAAUAAACAAUAACAGUAAAAUAUGUGUGUGUGAGGAAAUAGCCAGCGGAGGUGCCAUAACGGAAACCCGCCUAAAAAAGUAGCGAGACAAAAAGCAAGGGACGAGGAACGUUACUAUUUUCGCUUUUAGGCCUUCUUUGGAGCCGUAUUUUUUUUUCUAACCAGUAUACAUGUCUCAAAGAACCCGAACUCGUUAGUUCACUUAUAGUUAUAACCUUAACUGAUCGUUUUGGUAAUUGCUUCAGUACGAAUUUGAGCUAGAAGAAGGUGCCUGACCUACCUGAGAUAUGGCAUCUCUGCUUAUAUUUCCUUACUACGUGGUUUGUACAGUGAUUAACUAGUCAUACUAUGAUGAUGUGUACAUCGAGAAAAAAAUCGACAAUAUAAAUAUUCCACCAGUAUAGUUAUCGGCACGGAUAAUGAGCUCUCGGCGGAAGAGUGGGGAUCGCUUUGCGCACUGUACACAUAAGGCAAUAAACCAAUAAAACGCUUCUGCGCAGGUGAAGAUCAGGGCUCAAUAUCCCUGCCGAUGAUUAUACCUGUGUGUGUUUACCGGCCAGUAUACUAAGUUAUAUUCGGAACACACCCCUUAUAAUCAUGUAUAUCAAGCAUUUUGACAUGUCAAGCUAAUAAAGCUAUUAUUCCAAUUGUAAGAUUCAGUAGUUGUGCAUAGUGUUGACAAGGAUCUAUUGUUUAUAGACUGAAUUAUGUAUGUAAAUAUUAAGAUGUGUUUUAUAUAAAGUUAAUAUAAUUAUAAAAGUAUUGAAUGCCAGUUAGGAAAUAAAAGGAGAAAGGUUCGUGAUAAUUUGGUGUAGGUUUGGCAAACAAGGUUUAUUUUUGGUAUACUAGGGCAGCGGGUUAUUAAAACAUUGAAAACGAUAGUUUUCAACCUUGAGUUUUCAGAAUUAAGGUGCAAAUUCAACGAACCGUUAAGGUUGUUUGUAUCUAUACAAUGUAUUAUAUCGAUAAAUCUAUUUAUGGGCCUUACUGUGUAUGAUAAUGUUAAUGUACGAUACUAUUGUUAUAUAUUUGUAUAUAAUAUAAGGAAUUAAAUUGUUACAUUUGAAAUAAAACACAAGGAAUAUUCA